AUGGUUCUCGGAUCUUUAUCGAUGUUUCCUACUUCUUCAGAUGUCAAUGAAUGUAAAAGCUUCCCAUGUGGUUUUAACGCAAACUGUGCAAACACUAAUGGUUCAUAUCUUUGCCAAUGUAAACCUGGAUAUGAAGGAAAUGGAACCAACUGCACAGAAGUCAUUAAUUGUACGAAUUCCCCAUGUGGUGCAAAAGAAACAUGUGUAAGAAUCAAUGAUUCAUACGCAUGUCAUUGUAAAACUGGUUAUUUGAGAAACGGAACAAAUUGCAGAGAUAUCAACGAAUGUGGCGCAAAAAAUCUAUGCGACUCUAAUGCAAAUUGUACAAACACCGAUGGUUCAUAUCUUUGUAAAUGUAAACUUGGAUAUGAGGGAAACGGAACUAACUGUAAAGAAUCAUCCAAACAAGGACGAUCAACUGCAGAGAGUAGUGACAAUGCCGGCGUCAUUGUUGGCGUCAUUAUUGGCGUUGUUGUCUUGGUUGCAGGCGUGCUCGUUGUUGUUUACUACCUUUAUCGAAGAAAACAAAAGGUGAAAAACACGGAGGACACACGUACCAUAAAAAAUCGUGCUUAUGAGCCACACUUGAAAGAUGUAACGGAACCAGAUGCAGAGUCCCCACGUAUUCCUGAAUCCGCGAUUCGCUACGAAAUAUCCAAAGAACCAACAUACGCAUCACUAGACAAUUCUAAACGAGAUGAUGAAAAUCUGUAUCAAAGUUUGACUAAUGAAACUCGCGACGCUCCCGGCAAAGAAUCAGAAUAUGCUUCGCUGAAGAGUACAGAAAGAGAUCCCGAUGAUGACAAGCAGUAUCAGAGCUUGGUUAAUGUUGGUUAUCAAAAACAGUCAGAGGAGGACGAAGAUAAGGACGACUAUGAAGAGGUCGGGGGACAGAAGUCGGGGGAAGCUAUCACCAAACCCGACACUCGCCUUGAAAAACCCGACUAUGCCGAGCUGGAUAUUUCCAAGCGAGAUCCCAAAGAUGAAAACCAGUAUCAAAGUUUAACACCAGGAGAUUAUGAACAGCCCCAGGAUUGUCGUUUUGGUAACCUCAAUGCAAAUGCUUCAUCGAACAAAGAUGGUAAUCCUGAAAAUGCAUACGAAGAUUUACCCUGA